AUGGAGAAAGAGCUCAAGUUCGAAACCCACCCCGCCAGCUCUCUGCGGGUGUGGCUGUUCGAAGACGUCGAGAACAUAGAGGAGGUCCGCGAGCAGGUCGUGUCGGGGAAGCUUCAGCCGGAAUUCGCGUUCUUCAACGCCCAACUGGUGGCUGGCCUCUAUGUGGUGCACCUAGCUGCCUGCAGAGCCCUGUGGUCAGAGACCGCAGGCACCAGGAGGACCAGGAGCCUACACACAGAGCUUGUCUGCAACAUUUCGGGCUCAAAGCAUAUAGCUUCAAGCCUCCAGCGAUUUGGCAUCAGUGAUGGCACGAAGCACCUGCUGGUGGCGCGGUUCGAUGGCACAGCAAGCGAU